ACCAUGCAACGAGCAGACGCUUGCGAAAAGUACGAGCUACAAAAUUGGCAGAAUUGCCUGCUGCUGUAUACAUAGCGCGCGUGUGAGUGUAUGUUGCUAACCUAGCUAGUUAGCUAGCCAUCAAUAAAGUUCCCAAUGUUACAACAUGGCAGACGGCUGGAGCACCGACACCGGAGAGGCUGCCUAUCGUUCCCGGGAUGCUGUCAAAAACCUUAGAAUUAAGAUCCGUAUUCAGAGAGUCACCUCCACAGCAGCCCUCUCCCAACACCUUCAGCAGGAGGUUUUGACUCAACAGGAGAGGGGAGGCAUUGAGCUGGACACCCUCAACUCACAGGCUCAAUCAGCAUUCCCAGAGUAUGGUGACGCAGGUCAAGUCCAAUCCUUCCUUACUGGCACAUAGAAUGGCCAAUGUCAGACACAGACGACAGGACAGACGCCCAGUUGACCGCACCAUCCCCAAGUCCAGGCUGAUUACCUGGGACCCCUCGGAGGACUUUGUGAAGACCAGCCACAUGGUCAACACACCUGUACAGACCAUGCACAUCAUGGGGAACCUGGGACCAACGGGCAAACUUGGCCAAAAGGAGAAGGAAUGCUUGUCUGCACGAUAAGAGCAGAUGGAAAUGGAGUGUUUACCAUCAAACCAGACUUCAACAAAGGCAAGGAGCCCUACAGGCCAGUGACCCGCACCUGCUGAAGUCAAAAUGUUUUACCCCAAGCUCAAGUUGAGACGGAGGGGGAGAAGAGGGAGGUGUGGCGUCAGACCAGAGGAGACAGAACAGCAACAGUGCAUAUUUAGACGCAAGCCUGGGAAAGAACUGAGAAAACGUACUAAAGAGUCAAGACAGACACCAGAAAGAGGCCCAAGAAGACUUGGACGCAGGAACAGAGGACAGCGAGGGAUGUUCAGAACUCACUCAGUCGAAAGAAAGAUGGAUCGUAAUGAUGAGAGAAUCAAAAGAGCUUUAAGACGCCGUCCUUAUGUGUUGAAACCAGUGAGGGUGAACACCCCUGAUUCCGUGUUGUGGCCAACCGGCAAGGUGCACAGAAGGCCAAAGCCUUCUGGAAGGGUGACUCGGCUGAUAGAGAGAAAAUAUGAUGACGUGAUCUCAUCCUCCAGUUCUGAUGACUUUUCCAUCUACUCCUUCACUGACUGUGAAUCUGAGUGUGAUGAUGAGGAUCAUGAAAGGAGGACCCCAAAGCUGAAAGUUGAGAAUGGAAAGGUGACAAAGCUUGAUGUGAGGGAUAUGGACGAGGAUGAUCUGUCUCUCCACUCCUUCGAUGAGUCAGACUUCCUGAGCCCAGGGAAGGUCUCAGGUCCUGUAUCUGUCAAGAAUGGCCUCUCUCCUCUUGUGACCUCAGCACACCGGACCCUGGCUGAAGCCCUACGGGCCCUGCCCUCUGCUGUAGGCUCUCCCUACCCAGUAAAUAUCCCAAGGCCUCGGACUCCUCUCAACCCUGUCAUUAUCGCUCUGCCCCGAACAGAGAACUUCCCAUACCGCCACAGCCCUCGCCUGGCUCCCAUCACCAACCUGAGCGAGACCGGCAGGAAGCUGCUCCAGGAAAUGGCUGGAGUGGCCCCACAGGAAGGGAAGGUCAAUAAGAAAAAGAAGGGCAAGGCCAAAAAGGAAUUGAAGCAAGAGAAGGCUAGUAAGACGCAACAGAUGGGAAAUGUUGGAGAAAGUAAGGAGGAGGACAAGAAAGAGGAAAAGAAGAGUCUGAGGAAGAGGUUUCUUGAGUGGCUGCUGCCCAAACUGAGAUGUUCAAAGAAAUAAUGGCCAACUAUUACUUCUACCACACACACACACACACACACACACACACACACACACACACACACACACACACACACACACACACACACACAGCUUUUGAGUAUUGGUUAUUCCUACAACACACACAAACAUAAUUUCAGAGACGGGAACUAUGAUUAGCAAAAUACAUAUAUUGGUCUCAUUCUUAUAUUUUGAGACAUGCAGCAUUAUUUAAAUAAAAAUGAUAUUGAUCCCCAUACAGCCUAUGAUAAUGAAUUGGAUUUACAUGCUUAGGCUUGGAAAUAUAGCCAGGAGAAGCAGGGUCAACACCUCUACUCAUGUCAUAAGUGCCAUGACAUCUUUAGUAACCACAGAGAGAUAAGACCUCUUGUCUCAACAGUCUCAUCCAAAGGACAUCACCAACCUCAGGGCAGUGUCACUGGUAUUGGGGUCUUAGGUCUCCUUUGGCCAAAGUGAAGAGUUGAGGGCCCCUUACUGGUCUCCUUGCAAUAUCUGGUCUCCCACACAGAGAUGGAAAUCUACACCUGUUUAGACCUUGGAGGAUAUGGCUUCAGAUGAAAGACAGCAGAGAGAUGCAGAACGUAAAAGCUUCAAACACUGUGAUAUGCAAAUGUAGGACCAUUGUACACUGAAGUGAAGCAUGCAUCUGGUCUGAAGCAUGUCAAAAGAGUAGAAAUUAACUGGGACUGGAGGAAUACAUCACAUUUAAACUAAAUUAGCAUGUAUCUGAUUUAGCUACACUCAUCUAUCUGUACUUGAAUUGUGCUGUUUGAAACGUGCAUUUCCAAUAAAGCUUUUUAAAUUGCA